GUUAUUCUUUGGUAAUAAUACUUGCUUUGCCCACGGAGGUAUUGCUGCAAAAAUGUUAUGCAAGAAAGUCAGUGACAACAUUGUCCUUCACUGGCUGAAUAGGUGAUAUCUAGGCAUUACAGCCUUCCCUAUGUUGAAUGAGAGUGAACGAUCAAUUGGGUAGUGCUAGUUGUGGUGGGUAAAUCCAAUAUUUCCUUUUAACUAAGAAGCAUUGGAUUGAUAAUUCUACAAUAAUUCUAAAGUGAGUCAGUUGACAGGAAGACAACUUGAGGGGGAAGAACAUCAGUUAAUUGAUUUUAUGAUCCUGUAGAAGAUAAUCAUCCUAUGUUCUACACAAGUAUUCACACUUUUUUUUCUAUUCACUGAUUGAUAUAAAUUAUUCAUUGGUUUACAGAACAAGUCUUUCCUCAUUAUUUUUCUUAGCUUAAAACUCAGUCAGUUUAGUCAAACUCAUACUUGCUCCAUAUUUAUCCUACUUGAUCAUCCCAUUGUCAAGCUGACUUACAAAGACAGUUGGAUGUUUCACAAAAACUUCAUAUAUUAACGACCAUGAUUUCACCAGUAAAGGCAUCAUCAGGUAUCUGUUUAUUCUUUUAUUGCAUUAGUUCACAGGCAGUAAAAUAGAUUUCACAAUGAUUGUUUAAUGAAUUUUGAUCCUGCCCAUUGAGUUGUACUAUCAAGGUUCCCAGUUACUCCUUUACAUGUAUUCCUUAAUCUUUUUGUUUAGUUUACUGCUGGUUAAUGAAAUCCAUGUUCAGAUGUCAGAUUCAGACUUCUUGUUCUUUUGAAAGCUCAAGCUCACAUUUAGGUAUAUUUGGGGCUUGUGUGUUGCAUUAGGGAAAGGGGUAUCUUGACUAGGAUAUUGUUGAUUAAGAUAGUUUUUGAAGUCCUAUUUCAAAAUAUUUAAAGAAGUGGGAGAGGCUUAGCUCAAUAGUUAGUUAAUCAUUUCAUUCCUAUCUAAAGACAGGUACAUAUAUAUUUAUUUGAAGAUAUUUGCACCCAACAUCAACUUUUUGUAUGUAAACUACACUUAUUUCUUCUUUGCAGGGAGCUCAGUGGAUGGCAUAGAAGAAGAACUUAUUAUUGUAAACAGUUUGUCUUGGAAAAGAACAGAGCUACUUGAAAUAAAUUGGUCACUAGAGGAAGUUUCUCGCAGGGUGUGGAUUGAAGGAGUUGGAAAGGCUAUGCAAGAUGCAGGAGAUGAAAAAACAACACUUGUCCCUGUGGUGGUUAAUCCCUUUGGAUACCAAGUUCUCCGUGGAAUAUCAGCAGUUAAAGUACCUGUAACAGCAGAUCGACGAUCAGAUGGUUCUGUGUGCUUAAAAAACCAGUUCUUAGUCGCUAUUGUGAACCACCAAGGAGAGGUUACGUCCUUGCAACUCCUGGAAAAACCAAGAGAACUUAUAUCAGUUGGUCAAGUUGGAAAUAAACUUGUGAUGUUUGAUGAUAUUCCUCUCUACUGGGAUGCAUGGGAUGUGAUGGAUUACCAUCUAGAAACAAAACGCUCUGCCAUCAACAAGGUUAUUCAUCCAUUGACAAUUAUUAGGAAAGGACCUCUUGAAGUAAAACUGGAGAUGUCAGCUAAAGUAGGAGAUCACAGUGAAUUGAAGCAAACAUUAACUCUGGAUGCAGUUCAUCCUUACUUGAAGUUUGACAUUGACAUUUCAUGGUUUGAAUCUCACAAGUUUCUAAAGGUUGAGUUUCCUGUAAACAUUCUUGCCAAUCAAGCAACUUAUGAGAUUCAGUUUGGCCACUUGCAACGUCCAACCCACUUUAACACAUCUUGGGACUGGGCAAAAUAUGAGGUAUGUGGUCACAAAUGGGUGACCCUGUCAGAAUAUGAUUGUGGUGUGGCCUUACUGAAUACAAACAAAUAUGGGCAUGCUGUUCAUGGCAGUACUAUGAGAAUUUCCCUUCUAAGGUCCUCAAAAUCUCCAGACAGUAAAGCUGAUAUGAGAUGCCAUCAGUUCACAUAUGCACUUAUGCCCUAUAAUGGUACAUUUCAGUCAGCUGGUGUUAUUCAGCAAGCUUAUCAACUCAACAGCCCUAUUCAAGUGUUCCACACUAGUGCCACCUCUGGGUUGAAAAUAGAUAUGAGUGUUCCAAAUCCUGUAGUAUUACUAGAUAAGCAUGAGUCUAUGAGUUGGUUCCAGGUGGAAAAAGAAGCAGUUAUCAUUGAAACACUCAAGAAGUCAGAGAAUCAUGAAAACUGUUUGGUAAUCAGACUCUACGAAUCAUAUGGAAGUCAUGUUACAACAUCUAUCCUUAGUCUGUUGCAGAUUGUGAAGGCAAUCUUGUGUGAUGGCUUAGAAAACCCAUUACCUAAGAAUGACAUUCAUUGGAGUGAUGGAAAAAUGACACUGAGUUUUAAACCAUUUCAGCUUAUUUCAGUUCUCCUGUUUUUAAAAAGUAACAUAUGAGCAACAUUGAUCUUAUGAUCAGUUAUAUUACAUGUAUUCAAAGUUGUUGAAAGGAUCAUUCCCAACAGGUUAUUUCUCUUGCCUUAAUACAUAAAUAAAGUUUAUUUUUAUAUCUGAUAUGAAGAUAAUAUCACUAACCUUUGAUCGUAUUUUUUUGAAAUGGAAUCUUAUUUGAGUAAAUAAGCCAAAUAAUUUUAGUUUUAUUUUCAUAUAACUUGGCACAAGUUGACAAGAAACUACUUGACAUUUAAUCACAUUUUCUCUCUUAAAAUUAGGAAAUUAACUUUACUAACAUUUUCUUGCUUCACUGUGUUUGUGAGACAUCAUAAUGAUGGUUUAUCUUGAGAUUAAAACAAAAAACGUUUACAGUACAUUAUAAAAUUAAUCACAUCAUUCAAAUUAAUAUGAAAGUUAAUUAUACUUUAAUGAAAAUGUAGAAUUAAAGCUGCACUUUUAAUAUUUAGCACAAAAAUUACAUUAAACUGCCCAUGGCAAAGUAGGUUAGACAUAUAAUAUAGUCAUAAUUUUUAUCAUAGUAAAUUAACUGCUAAGUGGCAACUUUAUACACACUAAUCAGGUUCUGUUGUAUCAUCAGUACCACAAAGUUUUUCUAUUAAUUUGAUAUUUUAAAUUAUUGCUUUUGCUGAAAGCAGAAAUUAACAGUACAACUUAUUUUUUUAUUUUGUUGUUGUUGUUAAGGUGUGUAGAAAGAACUAAACUUCCAAAAGACAUAAGUGUCACAAAUUAUGCUUUCAUGGUGCAUUGAAUUUUAAUUCCAGUUCUCUGGUUUUAUUGUAAUGUUUUAUUAACCAGAUUGCUAGUAACAAUAAUAUGUUAUUAAAAGGUUAUUUAUGCUUUUUAUUAGAACUUUUGCAAACUAAUUUCUUGAGUGUGAUUUACAUUUACACUUGAGAUAAAAAAGAAAAAAAUAAUAGAAUGAAAUAUAUUUGUAUUAUAAACUAAGAAGCUUUUCCAGUGCUUUAUUAAAUGUAGAUGUGUACUGCAAAUACUGUAGUUGUAAAUGUGUCUUGAAGAUUAAAAUAUGAAACCAA